GUAUAUUUACAAAAAAGAACUGACGUCACGCCCCAUGAACUCGCAGUAUAUACACAUUGGACCCUCGAGGAAGAAGAGGAAGAGGAAUAUGAUCAGCCUACACGCCGUAUAGAUCAGUGCUUCGCCACCAGCCCACAGAGGGAACUGCGACUAACUGACAGCGAGGAAGAAUGCCGAGGAGAAAACAAUCAAACCCACAGCCCGUCAAAUUAGACGGUGUGGAGUGUGAGCCAGGAUGCCUGGUUCUGGACAGUGACUUCCUGCUUAGUGGAGAGCUCUGUGAGUUUGGAGACACAGAGAUCAUGGGGCUGGACAGAGACACAGGUAUGACAGUGUUCUCUCUGAGUGAUGACGGCACCAGCCUUCCAGCUUCGGGUGACUCGGCCUUCCCGGCAUUCCUCUCCUGUAAGGGGUGCCGCCAAUUGAUGGGGACCGACCUUGACCUGGGAGCAGGACUUGACUUGGGGGCGGGACUCUACUGCCUGAGCUGCGAAGAGGGCCUCCAAUCAGAAUCACACACAGCCAUGGAGGAUACCUCACAGGGGGAGGAGUCAACCCCGGCUGUCCAAUCCAGUGGGGGGAAGAAGAGGAAGAGGAGUAAGGCGGGUGAUGAAGAAGUCUGUAUGAAGCUGUACACGUGCUCUCUGUGUAGUUUCUCCUCUCGCUACUCCAACCAUCUCAAACGCCACAUGAGAACCCAUGAUGGAGAGAAGCCCUACCGCUGUCCCCACUGCCCCUACGCCUCUACACAGAGGGUCAACCUGCAGAGACACACGCGCACACACACCGGGGAGAAGCCCUACCUCUGCAACGCCUGCAACUAUGCCUGUAGUUCCCUGGGGAACCUGCGGAGGCACCAGCGCUCGCACAGCCAGGAGCCUCAGCCCCGGCCGCAACGCACACACACACUGAAGAGACGCAGCAGACGAAAACACACACACAGAGAAAACGGUGAAGAUGCCGUUUUGUCAGACCUGACAGUGUGUGUGAGGGAGGACUCUGAUUUCCUCCAGUCCCUAGGGGGGGUAGCCUCUCCCUCCCUCCCCCCCUCCGCCCCCCUCCCCGACCUCCUCUUCCCCCUCUGUUGUCGCUCCUGUGGCCUCACCCUGGAAGGAGAGGGAGAGGCGGAGGGCAGAGGACAGAUGUGUAGUCAAUGUUCUGAGUUUGUCCUCUCUAAGGAUAUAGGCUCCUCCAGCCCCACUGACACAGACUCACACACAGUCCGGCCGGGGGCCAGUAAGCUGUACCGCUGCCCUCUCUGCCCCUUCCUCUCCCUCUACCCCAACCACCUGGCCCGACACGCCCACACCCACAGCGGGGAGAAGCCCCACCGCUGCCCCCAGUGCCCUUACGCCUCGGCCCACCUGGACAACCUGAAACGCCACCUCCGGGUCCACACGGGGGAGAAGCCCUACCGCUGUCCCCAGUGCUCGUACGCCUGCGGGAACCUGGCCAACCUGAGGCGCCAUGAGAGGAUUCACUCUGGAGCCAAGCCGUUCCACUGCUCUGUGUGUGGCUACAGCUGUAACCAGAGUAUGAACCUGAAGAGACACAUGCUGAGACACACGGGGGAGAAGCCAUAUGGCUGUGCUGAGUGUGACUACACUACGGGACACUGGGACAACUACAAACGCCAUCAGAGGAAACACGGACACAACACACACAGCUGGGACAAACACACACACCAGGACACUACAGCAGACAGCAACACACAGCACUGAGACACACACACACACACUCCACUGAGACACACACACACACACACACACACA